AUGUGCUCCCGCCAGGACAAAGACCAGUGCCACCAGCAGGAACGAUCCUCCUGCCACAGCAGUGAAGGCUGUCACAGGAGCAGCGGAUCCGGAUGCCACGGGAGCAGUGGUGGAUCUGGAUGCCACAGGAGCAGUGGAUCCGGAUGCCAAGGGAGCAGUGGAUCUGGAUGCCACAGGAGCAGUGGAUCCGGAUGCCAAGGGAGCAGUGGAUCUGGAUGCCAUAGGAGCAGUGGAUCUGGAUGCCAUGGCAGCAGUGGUGGAUCUGGUGGUGGAUCCUGCCAUGGGAGCAGUGGUGGAUCCUGCCACGGAAACCCCCAGGAGUGCCAGCAGCAAAUCUACCAAGUGUCCUCGAAGAUGAAGUGA